CGCCCAGGCACUGCCCGCGGGAGCCGCCGCCGCCGCCGCCGCGCCCGCCAUGGACGUCCGCCUGUACCCCUCGGCGCCCGCGGUGGGCGCGCGGCCUGGGGCCGAGCCGGCCGGCCUGGCGCACCUGGACUAUUACCACUGCGGCAAGUUUGAUGGUGACAGUGCCUACGUGGGGAUGAGUGACGGGAACCCAGAGCUGCUAUCGACCAGCCAGACCUACAACAGCCAGAGCGAGAGCAACGAAGACUAUGAGAUCCCCCCGAUAACACCUCCCAACCUCCCUGAGCCAUCCCUCCUGCACCUGGGGGACCACGAAGCUGGCUACCACUCGCUGUGCCACGGCCUCACGCCCAAUGGACUCCUCCCUGCCUACUCCUACCAGGCCAUGGACCUCCCAGCCAUCAUGGUGUCCAACAUGCUGGCCCAGGACAGCCACCUGCUGUCGGGCCAGCUGCCCACGAUCCAGGAGAUGGUCCACUCGGAGGUUGCUGCCUACGACUCAGGCCGGCCUGGACCCCUCCUGGGCCGCCCGGCGAUGCUGGCCAGCCACAUGAGUGCCCUCAGCCAAUCCCAGCUCAUCUCUCAGAUGGGCAUCCGGAGUGGCAUCGCCCACAGCUCCCCGUCACCCCCAGGGAGCAAGUCAGCGACGCCGUCUCCCUCCAGUUCAACUCAGGAGGAGGAAUCAGAAGCUCAUUUCAAGAUGUCCGGAGAGAAGAGACCCUCGGCUGACCCAGGAAAAAAGACCAAGAACCCAAAGAAGAAGAAGAAGAAGGACCCCAACGAGCCUCAGAAGCCUGUGUCGGCCUAUGCGCUCUUCUUCAGAGACACUCAGGCCGCCAUCAAGGGACAGAACCCCAGCGCCACCUUUGGAGAUGUGUCCAAAAUCGUGGCCUCUAUGUGGGACAGCUUGGGAGAGGAGCAGAAGCAGGCCUACAAGAGGAAGACCGAGGCAGCAAAAAAGGAGUAUCUGAAGGCUCUGGCAGCCUACAGGGCCAGCCUCGUAUCCAAGAGCUCCCCAGACCAGGGCGAGACCAAGGGCACUCAGGCAAACCCACCGGCCAAAAUGCUGCCACCCAAGCAGCCCCUUUAUGCCAUGCCGGGCCUGGCCUCCUUCCUGACGCCAUCGGACCUGCAGGCCUUCCGCAGCGGGGCCUCUCCCGCCAGCCUUGCCCGGACGCUGGGCUCCAAGUCACUGCUGCCUGGCCUCAGCGCGUCCCCGCCACCGCCCCCUUCCUUCCCUCUCAGCCCUCCACUGCACCAGCAGCUGCCGCUGCCGCCCCAUGCCCAGGGUGCCCUCCUCAGUCCGCCUGUUAGCAUGUCUCCAGCCCCCCAGGCUCCUGUCCUGCCCACCCCCAUGGCACUGCAGGUGCAGCUGGCUAUGAGCCCCUCACCUCCAGGGCCACAGGACUUCCCUCACAUCUCCGAGUUCCCCAGUGGGUCCGGAUCCCGCUCACCCGGCCCGUCCAAUCCCCCAAGCAGCAGCGGAGACUGGGACAGCAGUUACCCCAGCACGGAGUGUGGCGUCAGCACGUGCAGGCUUGCUGGAGGGGCACUGCUCCGAGCCGGAAGGGCCCACAGCAGAAGGGGAGCCUUGGCAGGAAGCGGGGUGACCGGAAGGAGACGGCAGUGACACACGGACGCCCCGGGGCCUCGUCUCUUCCUCCACCUCACACCAGACUCUGCAGAGGCAGCCCGCCGCCCCGCCGCCAGCCCAAAGAACCUGCAGGAACCUUCUGCCCCCGACCUGCUUGCUCCAGGGUUACCGUGGACCCCGCUCCUCGCCCUGCACGCCGUACUC